AUGACAACAUCUGUACAAAUGACUGAUUUAUCAACACAAAACAGUAAUUUCACACAAAGUGUGACAAUCACUGAAGGACAACGGGGUGGUUUUAUCGAGGUCCUGGCAACGGUUGGCUCUAUCGUCUUAAUGAUAUUGACAUUUCCAAUCUCCGUUUUCAUCUGCUUCAAAGUUGUGCAAGAAUAUGAACGAGCUGUAAUAUUCAGAAUGGGUAGACUGAGAUCAGGUGGCGCUCGAGGACCCGGUGUAUUUUUUGUACUACCAUGCGUUGACAAUUACUGUAAAGUGGAUUUGCGUACAGUUUCGUUUGACGUUCCUCCGCAAGAGGUUCUUACUAAGGACUCUGUAACAGUUUCUGUUGACGCAGUGGUUUAUUACCGUAUAAACGAUCCCUUAAAAGCUGUUGUACAAGUUGCUAAUUAUUCUCAUUCAACCCGUCUGUUGGCUGCUACUACAUUGAGAAAUGUUUUGGGUACUAGAAACUUAUCUGAAUUACUUAUUGAGAGAGAGAAUAUUUCACAUACAAUGAGUAACAUUUUGGACCAUUCUACCGAUCCUUGGGGAGUAAAGGUAGAGCGUGUUGAGAUUAAGGACGUCUCAUUACCAACUCAACUUCAACGAGCUAUGGCGACAGAAGCAGAAGCCGCAAGGGAAGCGCGUGCUAAAGUUAUUGCAGCAGAAGGUGAAAUGAAAGCGUCAAGAGCAUUAAAGGAAGCUGCGGAUACACUCAGUGAGAGCCCCGCAGCAUUACAAUUGAGAUACUUACAGACUCUCAACAGUAUUUCUAGUGAAAAGAAUUCGACAAUAAUUUUCCCAUUACCAAUGGAUAUAAUUACUCCGUUUCUUAAUAUCGGAUCUUCGAAAAGGUCAUAA